AUGAUUAAGAAUUGUAGUGAAGUUUUAUAUGAUUUAAUUAAGAGAUGCUCAGUAAUUAUAUGCAAAAUAACAAACAAAAAUUUAGAAAAAAUAAGUAAAUUUUUUUUUACUAAGAUAGUAUAAAAUAGGUUUAAAUAGUAAUUCAAAAAUCAAACAACUAUGAAUUUCUCUGUUGCUGAUCACUUAAACAAACAGUCAUUCUUAAUAAAACCUUCUUUGAAAAUGAACGAUUAGCAGCCUUAAGAUGUCAAGCUUGAAGAAAAUGAAUAGGUCAAUAUUAAAAAAAACAAGGAUUCAAAUCACACUUUAAAAAAAUAGAAAAUGAAUGGCUUGAGUGUGAUUCCUUCAUACAGAGAGCUAUUUUUAAAUGAAUAAUAAUUAUACAGUAAAUAGAAUAUACAAAGUUAAUAUAAUGACUAUGUCAAUAGGUUUUCUUCUAAAAAAAAAAUGGUUUCAUACAAGAGCAUUAGGACAACUGGAAUUUCAAAUAAAUAUUAUCCUGAUGUAUUUACUUAUAAAAGCAUGCAGAUACCAUACUUUUCCAAAGUAGAACCGGACUUACUUAUAGAUUAUAACAAAUACUACUCUUUAAUCUAAACCUUUAAUAUACAAAAACUUUUUUUUAAACAAAUCGAUUGUUAGUAGCAAAUGUUUUGUUAGAAUAUACAAAACUAAAUUGUAAUGAAACUUGAAAACUCUUCUCCAAAAAAUAUUUUAGAUGGUAUUCAACAAAUGAUGAUAAAAUAUCUUGAUUUAUCUUAAAUAAUAACUAAAUAGAGCAUUAGUUUAGAUGUGGGAAUAAAAGUUAAUAAAAAAUUCAUACUUUAUUUGUAUGGUAGAUAUAGAGCACUGAAGUUCUUUUCAUAGGUAGAUGCAGCUGAAGAACUUUAGUUUGAGGUGAGUAAGAUAGUCUAUUAACUUAUAUAAUCUUAGUAACCUAACCAAGUAGCUAAUUAAGAAAAGUUUCAGCAAAAAAAAAAUUCAUUUUCAUACAGUGUGGCUGGCUCAUCUUAAACCACAUACGAAAAGACAGAAGAUUUAUUUGACAUUUAGAAAUUAAAUGGCAAGAGAAAACGAUCAUCCAUUCAAUAUGAAAAUGAAGAUGAAGAGGAUAUUUAGAAUGGUUAUACUGUAUCUAGUGAAUAGCAUUAAGUUUAAGAUUUAAAAAAUUAAAAUUUUGACUAACUUCAAUCUAUCAAUAAAAUUAAUCAUAAAAAACAUAAACAUGUUGAACUUUAAUUGAGUAAAAGCUCAUCAUCUGACUAUGAAAUAUAAAAAGAAAUACCAUCAAAAAUAAAUAAUUAAAAUUGCCAAAAUAAUAAUUUCAUUUAAAAAUAAACCUGCUAGUAUGAAAAAUUAAAUAGCUAACAAAAUAAUUAAAAUUAGUUUUCACUUUAAUGUGAUGAAACUAAUUUAAAAAAUACUUAAAAUUUAAUAACAACAGAAGAAUUAUCUAAAAAUAUUUUGGCUGAUUAAUAAAAAUUCAAAGAAAAAGAAAAAGAAAAAAGAAAAUAGAUUUUCCAUAAUUUAUCUAAAUAUUUGAUGCAUCUCUUAAUAGAAUUACUAAGCGAGGAUCAUUUAGAUUCUUUUGAAAUUAUACCUGGAUAUAAUAUUUUGAUCAAGAAUUUAAUUCACAGACUCAAGUAAAGUGGUAAAAGAAAUAAAUUAAGCUAAACUUAUUAUUUCAAUCACUAGCAUUAUAAUUGCAUUUUCUUAACUCUCAAUUCAGAAAACAUAUAAAAACUAGUUAAUUAGAAAGAUUUUAUCGAAAUUCAUGACUAAGUAUUCGGAAAAAUAAAUUUUUAUAAUGAAGAAGAAUUACUAAAUGUGAAUAUCAUAAAAGUAGCAAUAAGCAAAAUAAUUAACAUCCAAUUAGACUACAUUAUAGAGCAGAUAGAGAGUACUUUGGGAUCUUAGCUUUUUGAAAUAUGCAAUAUCAAUACUGAUUGUUAAGCUAAAGUUAGCUAUUUAAUAAAUGUUUCAGAAGGAAUUAAAAAACUUUAAAAAGGAAAUCAACUCGUUAGGUUUUGA